GCUGCGAUUGGGCGAGAGCAGAGAAGGCCAGAAGAGAGCUGGAAACAGCUUAAACCUCACCAUACACUGGCAGAGAGGAGAACUUGUGAGGUUUAAAAGGACUUCAGUUGCUGAACAAAGCCAUCGGUGAGUGAUGGCUGACAACAGCGGCACCAAUGGCAACAGUUGGACCAUUCUUGCUCCAGAGGUAAAGGAGUCUGGAGUAGAGAGCAUGGGUCCACUUUCUGAAGGUCAGGGAGAACUGCAUGGAGAACCAACUCUCAAUCAAUCAUCAGCACUCCCAGACACUCCCUCAGAGCAAACUCACCCUCCUGACCCUCCACAGGUGACUCCACUAGAGAGCAGUGACGAUGCAGCUGUGUUACACAGUACCAUUGUGAAGGAGGACACGACAUCCAGGAUCCCUACUCAUGUUGAAAAUCUGACCUCUUUGACUCCUGACCCUAGAGAGCAAGAGGCCUCUGAUGAUGCCUCUGCAAACCAACCCCUUAUUGAUACAGAAUCAUUCUCUGACUCUUACACACACAUCAGUCCAUCGCUUGUGUCUGCUUCACUUCCUGGAGCCUCAGACGAAGAAGAAGAAGGGCUUUUAGAAGGGGAAGAGAAGGGUGAGCUGAGGAAGACUCCGAGAGAAGAUUAUAAGCCAGAAGAGAAGGUGAAUGAGGGUGAUGGACUAAGAAGGAGGAAUGUCUCUGUCCUGACACCUUUGUACCAUCGGGAUGAGGAGGAAGAGGAGGAAGAGGGUGAGGAACAGCAGUUCAGACAUCCACAGAGAGGAGGAGAAGGAGACAUCGGGUUCACCUUGAACAAGUGCAUUUUUGGAGCACUCCUCCUUCUAGGCCUGGGUACCAUAUUCUUCUCUGGUGUUCUCAUGGACCUGGAUGAUGAGGGAGAUGCUGAUGCCAAGGACCUGAAAUACUCAGAAGUAAAAAAGGAGUGGUUGAAUCCUGAUGCGCAAGGAGACACAUCUGGAGGUGUCCAGCCACCAGAAAUACUGGACAAACUGGCCAAGGAGAACCAGCAAAUUGCAAGCUUACAGGCACAGAUUCAGGAACAGGAAGCAGAAUUAAAGGCUGCACAACUGCAAGUGGAAGAAGGCACCAAGGAGAGGCUGAGGAGGGAGGAGCUGGAAGCAGAAAACCAGAAGAUAAGAGGAGAGUUGGAUAAACUGCCUGCCCUUCAGAAGGAGUAUGAGCAAGAGAGCGAAAGGGUAAAGAAAGAGAGUGAGAGAGUAAAUAAGGAGCUUGAAGCACUGCCAGCUAUGCAGAAAGAGCUGGAGCAUCUAAGAGAGAAAGUUACAGAGCUCAGUCAGAGUACAGUGAAUGUGCAAGCGAUGACUCCCUCUGCUGGACAUGAAGAGCUACCUGUUAGUCAGGAGAGGAAAGGGAGAAAGGAUAAAAAAGCUUGGGAUAAAGAAAAGAAGGAGAAAGACCCUAGGACAGAAGAGAAGGAAUGGAAGAAGGAGAAAAAUAUAAAGGUAGAUGAGCAAGAUGGCAAGGGGAAAAGAACAAAGGAUCAUAAAGAGUGGGAGAAAGAAGACGGCAAGCAAGGGAAGGGCAAGGGAGAAGGGAAACGUGGGCAAAAAGACCAUAAACAAGGUGAUGCCCAAAGAUGGAAGCUUGAUGGUGAAAAAAGAGAGCUUAAGGAAAGGAGUGGGAAAAGAGAGUGGAAGGAAGAUAAAAAGUGGGAAAAGGAGAAACCUGGAGAAUUUGUUGACAAAAGGGGGGAGAAAAGAGAGAAAGGAAAAGAAGAUAAAGAAUGGAAGCAAAAAAGUGAGCAAAAAGACUGGAAGGAAGAGAAAGAAUGGAAAAAGGGUAAGCAAGCUAUUCGGCAUGACAAAGAAAGGAAAGAGAAAAGUGAAAAACAGAAGGAUUGGAAAGAGAGAAAGGAAUGGGGUGAUGAAAGAGAAAAAGGAGCAUCGGGUGAUGAAAAAUACAGUGAUAAAAGCCAAAAGGAGAAAACUAGGAAAGACAAGAAAGAUCAUCACAACAGAAACAGUGAAAGAAAAGAAAGGGAGGGGAAGCAUUGGAGUGGGAAAGAGAAAGACAAACCUAAAAGUGGAGAGAGAACAGAAGGACGGAAAGAUAAAAAUUACAAAGACAAGAACCAUAAAAAAGAGGAAAAGUUGAGCAGAAAAGGCAAACAUGAGGCAUCGCACCAUUCCUACAGUGACCAAAAACACAGCAGAGACCAUGUGCACGUCAACUACUGGGCUGAACAAAGGGCAAAGAUCCGUCACUAUUAUGGGUCAACAGAAGGGUGCGCUGAUGUGACAGCUUGUGCACACGCAGAGGGCCUCACUCCUGUUUCUCAACGAGAUUUUGAGGCAUUCUUCUCGGGCUAUUUAACAAAACUCCUAGGAGACGAGGACCAAACUUCCAGAAAAGAGGAACUGAGCAAGCUGAUUGGUGAGUUCUUCACUGACGGAAUUUUCAUCCAUGACCAGAUACCGUUCAGCGAGUUUGUGGAGGACGUGGAGGACAUUUUAGAAGACCUGGCAGAUGGAGAUGAUGAUGAUGAUGAUGAGAUGGAGGGAUUUGCAGCAGAGGCAAUGGAGAAAUUUGUGCUUCGAGAGAAAGAGGGGAAUGAAGAGAAAAGGGGGGGAAGUGGAAGGAAAAGGGUAAAGGGGUAAUGUUGGAGAGAGGAUCUUUAAUAAAAUGUGUCAUGUGUAGUUCUUUCUCUGAAGCGUAAAGUGAAUCAUUUGUAAUAUGAGGGUUCAACAUUUACAUGCACCUGGGUGGUUCAAAACAAGGAAAUCUAAGCACUGCUACUGUACAACUGUUUCCGGCUGUAAGUGUGAGGUCACAGAACCCAUAAUGUCAUGAUACCAGCUAUGUGGUUCGUAACUGAUGACAUUAGUUUUACAAGCAAAGAGGGCAACUGUGCUUGCUGCCGUGUGUGUGUGAGAGAGAGGGAAAAAAUGAGGCACUUCCUGUUAUUAACUGAGCGGUCAAAUAGUUUGAUGUGGGUUGUGGUGUAUGUGUGUGUGUGUGUGUGUGUUAAGAUUUUAGCAUGUUAUUGCCCUUAAGCAGUUGCAAACAAAAGGUUGCUUUACUGUUGCUUCAUAGAUUGUACACUAUAUGGCUAAAAGGUUCACACUUCAACAUAACACCCAUACGUGCUUGUUGAACAUCUCAUUCCAGAUUUAGUCCCCCUUUGGUGGUGUUAAAGUGCAUAUUCUGGACCAAUUUUGUGUGUGGUUUUUUUUUUUUUUUUAUAUGAAAGUAUGUCCCUUUACACACUCAUCCAGAAGGGUAAUUUUGCACAAGGCCAUCUGUCUACAGCAGAAAAAAAAAAAAAAUAACAAAACGCGUCUGAAAAAAUCCCAAGGGAGUCUGGAGCCAGAUUCGUGAUGUUAUCUGUGGAAGCGCCAGCAGGCUGCGUGAGCUUUUACACGGUUUAAGUGCACAGCCUGUGUAGACCAAGCACUCCCAUUUCUCUCUCAUUUGUCCGGUCUUUUGGAAAACGAUGAGUACUAAUCCCAUCAUGAUUGGUGUUGCUACACCCUCCUACGAGACAUCUGUUAACCAUUUUAAUAAUUACGUGAUAACGUUGAAGAAAUUUGCAGAAAACCACCAGGUCGUUUUCUCAUAAACAAACCAGUGCUGACGUAGGAUUCAGAGGGAGGCGUCCCGCAUGCGACGUCACGAAAAUCAAUGUUUGGCAUGCCAAGUUUUUUCAGAGGCAGACCAAUUCGCCUCAAAUGGCUUGAUUUCAACUGAAUCUUUCUGGUAUUGCACAAGGUAAAAAAAAAAAAAUUGCAGAGAAUGCAGAACGUUACAGAUAUUUGACCAAAGUUUAAUAUAAAAUAGGAGAAUUACAUUGAUCUUACUCCUGAAUUUACCCGUGAUAUGCACUUUAACCUCCACUCAUUCAGCCACAUUAGUAAGGUUGGCCACUGAUGUCUGUUGAGGAGGCCUGGGAUACAGUCAGUGUUCCACUCCAUCUCAAAGGUGUUCAGUGGAGUUGAUGUCAGGGCUCUGUGCAGGCCACUGUGCAGUUCUUUCAUACCAACCUUGGCAAACCAUGUCUUCAUGGCCCUCGCUUUGUGCACAGGGGUGUCGUCAUGCUGUAACACGUUUGGGCCCCUUAGUUCCAGUGAAGUGAAAUGAAAUUGUAAUGCGACAGCAUACAAAGAUCUUCUAUACAAUUGGGUGCUUCGAACUUUAUGGCAACAAUUUGGGGAAGAGUCACGUAGGGGUGUGAUGGUCCGGUGUCCACAUACUUUUGGCCAUAUAGUUUGUAUUUAUCCGUACACAGGGUUGGGGUGUAAGAGUAUUUGAAUGUAGAAUUUUAAGAAGUCAGAUUCUUUUUUUUAAUUUUAUUUUAUUUUAUUGGCUGCAUGUGGUUUUUGUCCUAGCAGUGCUAAGAUUUCUUCAGAAUGUACUAUAAUUCCUGUGACGGACCACGUUUCCAAUUUUGGUACCUGUGUUUUUUGCUUAUUUAUUAAUUUUGUUUCUGUAGGAGUUUUUAGCUUUUGUGUUGUUUUAAAGUUUGAGACUUGUUGAGAAAGUAAAUAAUUUGUAUUAUUAGACACAACCAGUUCAUAUGUUAUAGGGUAGACUUGCACUGUCUGUCAACAGACCAUUUUACUCAUUUUGUGUAUUGCACUUUUCACAUUAUGGCUUGUUUACAGAUUAAACAAAUUGUCACUGGUACAACGUUUAAAAUAUUUGUCCACAUGUAUGACCCAUCUUGCAUUCUGAAGCUAUACAAAAGUGUAUGAAGAUUUUAAUUUGAAAUGUCUUGCGUUGAAAAUUACUAAUAAGACGUGCACAAGUCUAUGUAAAACUGGCACAGAUCUGAAUGAGAAAUUGCAUUUUAGUGCAUAUAGUUAACCUGUUCAUAGUACUGUUUAGGUACUUGCAUUAUGCAAUAAGUUAAUAAGAACAAUGAGUACUAUGGAUAAUGCUAAAAUGCCUGUGCUUGGGAAUAGAAUCAGGGAAUAGAACAAAUCAUCAUUAUUGCAGUUAUCUCUUGAGGAAAUCAAACAAAACCGCUAUUUUAAAAUGGCGAUGUGCUGUUUUUCAGUUCCACUUACUCUGUGGUCUUACUGAAUGAUAACGUGUGCAAGUUUCAGUUCUCAUAUUUCACUAAUAAAGCUAAAUUUACCCAAA